AUGUCCAGUGUCGACAGCACCGAGUACGAAUCUUCCUCGCUGCAGGGUUCAUACGCCUGGACGGAGACGUUGAAGGGCGUCUACUAUGGACCAGGUUCACUCAAGACUGCGUUGCCUAAGCUGUUGGACGUUCUCGGAGGGGCCAAAGCGCUGAUCGUGACAGGGAGAAGUCUGUACGAAAAGACGGACGUUGUCAAGAAGGUGGAAGCCAUUCUCAAGGAACGCAAAGCGUAUGGCGGCACCUUCCACGAGAUAGGACAGCACGCGCCAGUCGCGGGUAUUCGCAAGGGGCUGAAAGCGUUCGAGGACGCGGGGGCAGACAUCAUCGUCUCUGUCGGAGGCGGCUCUCCAAUCGAUGCAGCGAAGGCGAUUAUCUACUUCCACCAGCAGAAGUCCGGCGGAGACUUCCUCAAGCAGAUCGCGGUUCCGACAACGCUCAGUGCAGCGGAGUAUACUGUGGGAGCAGGUUAUAUCAGCGAGGAGGGUAAGAAAGUCGCCGUGAGCAAUCCGCAGCUGGCUCCAGCGGGGAUCAUCCUUGAUGCUGAGCUGACGCUCGCAACGCCUGAACGUCUCUGGCUAUCUACCGGAAUGCGUGCGGUAGACCACGCAGUUGAGAAUCUCUACAGACCGCUCGUCCCGCCGCCAGUCAAGCAUCUAUGCUACGCCGCCCUCGCUGAUCUUUUCAAAUAUCUUCCCGAGUCAAAAGCGAAUCCGCAGGCGAUUGACGUCAGGCAGAAGCUCCAGAUCGCGUCGUGGAUGAGUCUCUGGCCUCUAAGAUUGGAGAAGUACAGUGCUCUCGGCUUGUCUCAUGCUCUUGGGCACAAGUUGGGCGCGACGUACAGCAUCCCUCACGGGAUUACAUCUUGCCUGACUCUCGCACCUACAGUUGCGCUGAAAGCUCAGAUUGCCUCCCAGGAAGACAAAGAGUGGCUCUCCGGCACCCUCUUCCACCUCCGCGAGCAGUCCACAGGCUCGCUGGACGGCGACGUGCUCAAGCUCUCGGGGCUCAUAGAUGGGCUCGUGAAGAAUCUGGGACUGCAAUCUAACCUGGAGGAAUACAAGGUCCCCAGGGCCGACGUGCCUACAAUUGCGGAGCUCGCUGUGGGCAACAUGGACGAUCCGACGUAUCCGCAGGUGGUGAAACUGUUGGAGGGGUUGUAUCCGAAUUGA